CGUAACCCAAAUUUCUUUCUCUUUAAUAAAACAAAAACAAAAUUGACUCUUUUGUUUUGUUCUGGCAGAGUUUGGAGAUAUGGAGCAUGAACAAUCUAGGGUUGAGAAGUUUAAGAAAUUCACAUGGAAGGUUGAAAAUUUCUCUCGCUUGAAAACCAAUGAGGUUCGAUCUAAGCCUUUUAUAUUAGGCGGCUAUCCAUGGAGGAUUCUUUUGUUUCCAAAGGGGAACAAUGAUGCUAAACAUUUAUCAAUAUAUUUGGAGGCCGUAAAAACUGCUAAUAUGUCUGAGGGAUGGCAAAGGGAAGUCAAACUCAAGUUGGUUGUAUUCAACCAAGUGGAUGAAAAGAUGACCAUCAUAAAAGAAAGUAAGAAUGAAUUCAAUGCAAGUCAGGAGAAUGACCUGGGAUUUAAAUCAUUCAUGACAUUAAGUGAGCUCCAUGAUCCUGACAAGGGUUUUAUUGUGAAUGAUACUUGUAUUAUUGGUACCCAAGUUUUUAUUUGUAAGUUAACACAUGAGAAACCAAUAAGUCAAGCUCCAUGCUUAAUGUUAGGAUGUCAAACAAGCCAUGUGAAGCUGGAAAUCCCAAGUCCAGAGCCAGAUAACACAAAUCUUCAAACCUGUUCACCACUUUCAUUUGUACCCUCUGAACAAGCUAAUGCAGAGUUGGUGUAUGCUGCAUUGGGGAAACUUAUUUAUUUCCUUAAGACAAGAAAAGUGAAAGAUAUGAACGAACAAGCUUCUAAGGAGCUUCAAUUUUUAUGGGAUGAACUUGCUAAAUUUAAAAUUGAUCUUACUUGGCUAGAACCACAAGUUCAAUCUGCUUUAGGAAUUAAAAGUUAUGUGGAGAAAGCUUUGGAGGUUGAGAAGUUGACGGAGGAUGUUGUAGUUCAAGAGCUGAAAACGGAGAUGUUACAGGCAACUUUGGCUGAUGCUAAGGUAAGUCUUGACAUAGAAAGAGACUUGUUGAAAGCAAAAGGUCUAAAAGAAAGAGAUUUGGAUUCUGAAUUGGGUUCUGGGAGCUGGAGGCCAAGAACGCUUAAAUCACGACUUGGUGAUGUAGAUUUCUAGUUUCUACAUAGCAUGAAAAUAUCCCUUUGGCUAUAGUAGGAAAUUUCUGUAACAGUGAAUUUGAGAUUUGCACCUAGU